AUUGUGAAUAACGCGGCAAUGCGCCUUUGUUUACAUUUCCAUUUGCGUGUGGCUCAUUCGAGUCGUAGAUGCAUGAAAACAUUUAAUGCAUCUGAACAAUAAUGUACUCCAUAAGGGUAGUUUCUGUUGACUCUUAUCAAGCAGUACCCAUUCCCGAUGUCGAUCCAACUUUUUCACCGUUCCGAGGCAGUGACAUCAAGCAAGUGCCGAUUAUUAGAAUCUUUGGCAUUACUGCCAAUGGAGACAAAGUUUGUCUUCAUAUCCAUGGAGUUUUUCCCUACAUGUAUAUCCCUUAUACUGGUCAAAUAAGGGCAGAUAUUCAAGCUUACCAAUUAGCUGCGUCUAUUGAUUCAGCUAUCAAUGUAACUUUGGGAUCAGCUAAAACGAAUGCACAUCAUGUUUACAAAAUUCAGCAAGUAUCUGGAAUACCUUUUUAUGGAUAUCAUCGAAAGAAACAUCACUUCUUCAAAGUUUAUUAUUACAACCCUGCUAUGCAUAAACGAGCUACUGAUCUUUUACAAACUGGAUCUGUAAUGGGUCAGGUUUUUCAACCUUACGAAGCUCAUAUUUCCUUCACGUUACAAUUUAUGAUGGAUUACAAUAUAUACGGAAUGAGCAUGAUAAAUUUAAAACAUGCCAAACGUCGUCAUAGUAAAUCACUUCCUCUGGGUCAAAAUAUAUCACAGCCAAACUCUGAUUCAGUCUCUGAUAUACUGAAUAAUGAUAAAGACUACCUACCACAUUCGGUAACAAAGCAAAGUGUUUGUCAAAUUGAAAUAGAUGCAUGGGCAUCUGAUAUUGAAAAUCGAGAAGUGAUUGACAGUGGAAUUGAUUCUAAUCCAGGUAUAGCUGCUAUUUGGGCAGAAGAAAGAGCCAGACGAUCUAGAGCUGCAUUAGGUGGUGAUUCUCAAUUAACAAAUCCACCAAGUCCAGAAAGACCAAAAGAAUCAAAACUUCCUACUGAAAAUGAUAUUUAUCAUCACAAAAGACUGAUUCGACGUUUAGCAGUACUUGAAAUUCCAAGUAAUGAAAGUACGCUAUCUGCCAGUCCAAGAAAUAUACCAUAUCCUAUUCAAGUUCCUGAUAAUAGUAAUUUACUCGAUGCAUCUCAACUAGAAAUCCACGCUGGCCCGUUGGACUCAUCAGUAUUACCUAAAUCUCAAAAUAAAAUUCUUGAUGACUCAUUAUUGCUAACACAAACUCAACAUAUUUCCGAAGAAGCUUCUCUGGAUACAAGUGAUUUUAGUAUUUUGGAUAUGCUUUCAAGUUUAGGCGACAAUGAAGAAAAUCAAGACAUAAAUCCUAUAGAUUCAAAUAGUAUACUUGGUACCCAACAUUCACAAGCACCUUUAGAUGAUCACUUUCUGGAGCAGAUUGAUGGAGCAGAUGAAGAAGACGAUUAUGAUGAAGCUGAUGAUCUCAAUAUGACCAAUUUUCAAUUGGACAAUAUUCAUCGAACCCAGUGGGAGAAAUUUACAAAUCUUAAUGAUUCACAACCAGAAGCUGCGCGUCAGAGCGAUUCUCAAAUAAAUCUUGAACUAGAAUCUUUAAGUAACAGUGAAUCUACCUAUUCUUCAAACAAAAAAAUUCCUCAAGUGGAUGGACCUAUAGACGAUGAAAACAGUCAAAUAAAUCCGUCAGAAGUUGCUGAUUUGACAUUGGCUAGUGAAGAAUUUUUAAUUUGUGACUACAAAUCUGAUCGAGGAAGAAAAACCGGUAGUUUGAGUAGAUCUACAACGGUAACGCCAAGAAAACGAAAAAGAAUUUCUGGUAGUGAAGAUGAUGAUUCCUCAAACGGAAGUGCAAAAAAACGUCCCCGCACGCCGCGUUCGUCACCACUAAAAAGGAUGAUCAGUAAGUUGACGAGUCCAAGUUGUCCUAAUCGUACAUAUUCACCGAUUUGUGUCGAAAUAACAAAAACUCCAAAAAAUUCGCCUAUGAAUUCGCCAACUACUGGUGCUAAAAGUAACAUGCCUUUCGAUAAAAAUAUUAUUAAUCGGGCUUUCUACAGAAAGAAUAUUUUUUCGCCAAUUAAAGAAUCUGAGGAAGAGUCAUCAAGUAAAACUAAUACAUCAAUAGCAUCUAAGAUAAAAUCAAAUCUUUUUGGUACAAGCAAUAAAAAUUUACCGUCCUCACAAGUAAAAGACAAAUCGACGGAAAAUUUAAACGAUUUUACGUCUUCCGAACCAGCAUCUGAACCAAAACUAAUGUUUUCAAGUGUAAAUAAAAAUAAAUCUAUAGAAAUAGAAGAUGUCGGAUUAGCUGAAGAUUCUGAUGGCAAAUGGGUCUCACAACCGUUAAAUAAUUCAAAACGCGAAACUACUAUAGAAGGAAAUGAAAAGGGUUUAAUUGAUCAUGACAACGGCACGUCAAUGGAAAAUCGUUUACAAGCCCAAUUUCUCACUCAGCUAAGUAAUAAUGAACCACACACUCAAGUUGAAGAAGGCUUUGAAAGCGACAUGACAUUGGUUGAAGAUUCCGAUGAGUCAACCAACACGAUUACUCGUUCGCAGACUGGAGCAGUCGUAGUUAAAAAUUCUGUGAUAAUUAACGAUAGCGAUUUGAGUAACUCACAAAGUACUAGAUUCGAAAUUCAUAAUCACCACUUUGCAAGCCAAACUAUGCAUAGUUUGCAUAAAGAGUCAUCGUUGUCAAACUUAACGGGUAAUAGGCUUAGAAUUUUCUCUAAUCAAGAAAAUUUGCCACUAUCCCAAGAAGCAUCACAUAGUGUUAAAUUAUUAAAUCGCGAAGAAGUGAUUCCUACGACUCAUGAGGAUAUGAUCAAUUGUAAGUCCAAUAGUGAUGAAAAAAAUUUAGAUAAAGAGACUAGCCCCAUAAUUUCCGAUAAUUGCAAACUUCGCAUACCUUUCAAUUCUUCGCAAACAAAUGAUUCUACCAGCUCCAGCUCCAACUCCAGCUCCAGCUCCCACUCCAGCUCCAGCUCUAACUCCAGCUCCAACUCUAGCUCCAACUCUAGCUCCAACUCUAGCUCCAACUCUAACUCCAGCUCCAGCUCCUCCUCCUCCUCCUCCACCACUACCUCUACCUCCACAGAUGCUAGCUCCAGCUCUAAUGAUUCAAUUCCAGAGUUUAAUGAGUAUAUCGAAACAGUACCGGUUGAAUCACCUCCUAAUAGAAUAAGCAUAGAAAAAUGGCUCGAAGAAAGGAAAGAUGAACAAAAAAAUGAAAAGCUUAAAGAAGAAAAGAAACUUCGUGUUUUGAAAUCCCAAAAAUCUGGACUGUCAUCUAAAAGUGUUGUCUUUGAACCCAGUGUUGAUUUAUCGAGGAUAUUUUACGACACUGAGAGUAGCAUUAUUUCGAAACAUUUUGGAGUAUCUUGUGGACAAAUCGAGUUCACAAAUCGUAUUUCAAUGGCUAACGUAGGCCACGAAAAAUUGGGAAAUGAUAAAGCCAUGACGAAUCAUCAAUUCUUAACAACAUUCUGCUUGGAAGUGCACGUGAUAACGCGACCGAAUUUAUUACCAGACCCGCGGCAAGAUCCGAUCGGCGCUGUAUUUUACGCCAUUCACAACGAUGUACCUCCGGAUUGGACGAAAGCGAAAACCCUCGAGUGCGGCGUAAUAAUUGUCGAUCCAAAUGCUAAAAAUAAACAAGUUUCAGAGAACGAACAAACUCUCACCUACGUGGCAAAUGAAGUUGAAAUAUUUCAGGUCGUAGUGGAUGUCAUAUCCCGCAGUGAUCCGGAUAUUCUGAUCGGUUGGGACAUGGAGUUUCUGUCCUGGGGUUACAUGUUUCAACGCGCAUCGCUGUUGGGUAAGUCAUUGAGCGGUAAAAUAUCAAGAAUACCCAACGCUAAGUGUAAUUGGGAGACAGCUGCUGAUGAACCCAUACAAAUACAUCUAGAAAUAUUAGCUGAAGUCAGAUUACCUGGAAGAAUCGUACUUGAUAUAUGGAGAAUUAUGAGGCAUGAAAUCGCCCUGUACAGUUACACUUACGAGAGCUUAAUGUAUAACGUAUUAAGCGAACGCGUACCUCAUUGGAGUUUCGACGUCCUCACCAAAUGGUGGAAUACCCCAAACUCUCGCUGGCGAGUCAUUGAUCAUUAUUGCAAUAGAGUAAUUGGCGUCCAUCGAUUGCUUCAUCAUCUCGAUAUCAUAAAUCGCACAAGUGAACAUGCGAGACUUUAUGGCGUACAAUUUUUCGAAGUUUUUUCCCGUGGCUCGCAAUUUCGAGUCGAGUCGAUGAUGUUACGUCUGGCCAAGCCGAUGAACUACAUUCCAGUCUCACCGUCACCUCAUCAACGCGCUUGUAUGCGAGCACCUGAAUCACUACCUCUCAUUAUGGAGCCCGAAUCAACCAUGUAUCACGAUCCAGUGGUUGUCUUGGAUUUUCAGAGCUUGUAUCCAAGUAUAAUUAUAGCAUACAACUAUUGUUUUUCCACCUGUUUAGGACGCGUGGAUCUCAUCGGAUCACUCCACCCUUUCGAAUUUGGUUGCACAAACUUAAAGGUACCAAAAAAAUUGGCUCAGCACCUACAAAACAGAAUUAAUUACGCACCAUGUGGGGUUGCAUUUGUCAGGGAAGAUGUGAGAAAGGGAAUCUUGCCACGUAUGUUGACAGAAAUUCUCGAUACUAGGUUUAUGGUGAAAAAAGCUAUGAAAGAUCAUCCAAAAAGUGAUCGAGCUCUGCAAAGGGCUUUGCAUUCAAGGCAGCUUGGAUUGAAGCUCAUCGCCAAUGUUACCUACGGAUACACCGCUGCUAAUUUUAGCGGCCGUAUGCCAUGUAUCGAGGUAGGGGAUAGUGUCGUGAGCAAAGGUAAAGAAACGCUUGAGCGAGCAAUAAAAUUGGUAGAAUCAACAUCCAAAUGGGGGGCUCGAGUUAUCUAUGGAGAUACGGAUUCUCUAUUCAUUCUGUUAAAGGAUAAAACACGCGAAGAGGCAUUCGAUAUUGGUGCCCAAAUGGCUGAUGCCGUUACGGCAGCCAAUCCUAAACCGGUCAAAUUGAAAUUUGAAAAAGUCAUGCACCCAUGUAUUCUUCAAACCAAAAAAAGAUACUGCGGCUACAUGUACGAAAAUGUAAACGACAAGCCAGUUUAUUUAGCGAAAGGGAUUGAGACUGUACGGCGAGAUGGGUGCCCAGCUGUAGCCAAGAUAUUAGAAAAGUCUCUAAGGAUACUGUUCGAUACGAACGAUAUGUCGAAAGUAAAGGACUACGUAACUCGUCAACUAGAUAAAAUUCUUAGCGGCCGAGCCUCAAUACAGGAUUUGACGUUUGCCAAAGAAUUUCGGGGCAUGAAAGGAUAUAAGGCAGCAGCUUGUGUACCCUCAUUAGAAUUAACCAAGCGUAUGAUUCAAAAAGAUCCACGAGCCGUGCCGAGAACGGGUGCGCGUGUACCUUACAUCAUAGUGGCUGGUGCACCAAAUGAGCCUCUAAUAAAAUGCGUCAAAUCACCAAUGGAACUAAUUGAGGAUCCUUUUUUAAGGCCUAAUUCCAUAUACUACAUAACUAAAGUUAUCAUUCCUCCCUUAAAUAGAUGCAUAAAACUCAUUGGUGUUGAUGCUCUUACUUGGUUUAUGGAAAUGCCUCACCGCCAGGCACCCAAUAAAAUGCCUGCAGCUGCUUUGAUGAAAAUAUAUCAUAAGCAAAAAACUACAAUAUCUCAAUAUUUAUGUAAUGCAUCUUGUCCAUCCUGUGGACAGUCUUGUGAUAAAGGCAUUUGUGAAAACUGCGUUAAAAAUCAAAGUAGAAGUUUAGUAUCUCUACAUGAAAAAUGCAGGCAAUAUGAAAGAAUCCAUUCAAAUAGUAAAAUGAUCUGUAACUCUUGCAUUGGCAUAAUGGAUGCUGAUAGUUGUACUUCUCUAGAUUGUCCUAUUUUUUAUCGAAGAGUUCAGUCGCAGAGAGACAGUGCACAACUUCCAUAUUUGUAUGAUUUAAUUGAAUUAUUGGAAAACUUAUGAAACAAAAUGUUGUUGAUAAGUUUAAAAGUAUAAAGAAAAUUUUUAUGUCAAAAAAAAUUAAAAAAUGCCAUUUGACUUUUUCUAAAUAAUUUAUACAA